CGCGCGGCCUCCGUCGCGAACACACGUGUGCAGGUCGGGCCCGUGCCACUCCCGAGCGCGAAGCGCCGCCUCAGCGCCGCCCCGACAAGGACCUGCGACACCCGAGGACUCUCCCAGGACUAACGAGGAUUACAUGUGUGCCAGUGCAGUGUGUGUGUGAUGUAUGUGCAUCAGCAGUGAGUGCAAAAAAAAUAUUAAAAAGUGCCCAAGGAUGCAGUGAAGUGAAAUGAAAGUGCUCUGAGAGAAAUCAAACGACGAGAUAUUUUUCUGACGGCUCUCGCGUGUGAGUGAGUGUGUGUGCGAGAGAGAGAGAGGGAAGGCGCGCGUUCUGGAUACGGCAGACCCUUGCUCUGGAUUACCUCGCAUCGAGCAGCACCAGCGGGCACAGGACGCCCGCCGCAAGGCGUCCGCAAACAUACGCGCGUCAACGAAGAUAUCCAAAGGAUGCCGGUGCGGUAGCGACGCUGCGGUGCGCCGGCCUGGCCGCGCACCCUUCCCCGCCAUGAGGUGGCCGACGACGUUGGCCAUCCUCGGCGCCCUCCUGGCCCUGGUGUCCGGCGAGCAUGUCCGCGACCUGGAGGUGUCGGAGGGCGCGCCGGUGGGCACGCGGGUCGGGCUCAUCGGCGAUGGUGACGUGUCCGGACCUCCCUACCUCAUCGUCCCGGUGCCCGGCAGCCCCGUGGACUCGGACCUCGCCAUCGACCAGACGACGGGCGAGAUCAAGACCCGCGUGCGCCUGGACCGGGAGACGCGCGCGUCGUACUCGCUCGUGGCCAUCCCGCAGCGGAGCGGAGAGAACGUCCGCGUCGUGGUCCGGGUCCGCGAUGAGAACGACAACGCGCCCACCUUCCCGACGCCCGUCAUGAACAUCGAGUUCCCGGAGAACACGCCCCGGGAUGUGAAGCGGACGCUGCAGCCCGCACGGGACCCGGACCUCGGCGCCUUCUCGACGCAGAGGUACUCGAUCGUGUCGGGCAACGUCAACAACGCGUUCAAGCUCUCCUCGCACGAGGAGCGCGACGGCGUGCUGUACCUGGACCUGCAGAUACACGGCAUCCUGGACCGGGAGACGACCGCCUUCUACAGCCUGCUCAUCGAGGCCGUGGACGGGGGAAGCCCCCCGCUGCGGGGUACGAUGACGGUCAACAUCACCAUCCUGGACGUGAACGACAACCAGCCGCUCUUCAACCAGAGCAGGUACUUCGCCACAAUCCCCGAGAACGCCACGGUGGGCACCCCGGUGCUGCAGGUGUUCGCGACGGAUGCGGAUGCGGGCGAGAACGGCCAGGUGGAGUACACCAUCAACCGGCGGCAGAGCGACCGCGCAGCCAUGUUCAAAAUCGACCCCUCCACCGGGCAGAUUUCCGUCAACCGGCCGCUGGACUUCGAGACGAAGCAGGUGCACGAGCUGGUCGUGGUGGCCAAGGACCACGGCCUGCAGCCCCUGGAGACCACGGCCUUCGUGUCCAUUAGCGUGACGGACGUCAACGACAACCAGCCCACCAUCAACCUCAUCUUCCUCAGCGACGACGCCACGCCCAAGAUCUCUGAAUCAGCACAGCCCGGGGAGUUCGUGGCCCGCAUCUCGGUCCACGACCCGGACAGCAAGUCGGAGUAUGCGCCCAACGAACACGUCAACGUGACCCUGGAGGGCGGCGACGGGUGCUUCGCCCUCGCCAACCGGGACAACAUCAUCUACCUGGUGAUCGUGUCGCUGCCGCUGGACCGCGAGUCGCGCCCCAACUACACCUUGAGCGUGGUGGCCACGGACGGCGGCAGCCCGCCGCUGCACGCGUCCCGCACCUUCCACCUGCGAGUGACGGACGUGAACGACAACCCGCCCGAGUUCACCCAGGAGCAGUACACCGCGAGCGUGCUGGAGGUGGCCGAGCCCGGCACGUCGGUGGCCCGCGUCCAUGCCACGGACCGCGACGAGGGCAUCAACGCCGAGGUGACGUACUCGCUCGCCGACACCCCGGACUCGCACUCCAGCUGGUUCCAAGUGGACGAGGUCACCGGGGUGGUGUCGCUACGCGCGCACGUCGAUUGCGAGACGGACCCGCAACCGCGGCUGCUCGUCGUCGCCACGGACAAGGGCACUCCGCCCAUGUCCUCCACCGCCACCGUGCUCGUCACCAUCCACGACGUCAACGACAACGAACCCAUCUUCGACCAGAGCUUCUACAACGUCACCGUCGCCGAGAACGAGGCUCGGGGCUGCUCCAUCCUCAAGGUGUCCGCGACGGAUCCGGACUGCGGCGUCAACGCCAUGGUCAACUACACGAUCGGCGAGGACUUCGGCAAGUUCAAAGAGUUCUCGGUGAGGUCGGCCACGGGCGAGAUCUGCAUCGCCGGCGACCUGGACUACGAGGCGAGGAACGUGUUCGAGUUCGCCGUUCUCGCGACGGACAGAGGUGGCCUGAGCACCACGGCCAUGGUGAAGAUCCAGCUGACGGACGUGAACGACAACGCGCCCGUGUUCCUGCCCCGCGAGUACAACGUGUCGCUGCGGCACAGCACGCCGCCCAGCUCGCCCGUGGUCGUGGUGGUGGCCACGGACCGCGACACGGGGCGCUACGGCGAGGUGACGUACGCGAUCGCGGCGGGCAACGAGCUCGGCGCCUUCCGCGUGCACCCGCGCUCCGGCGAGCUGUUCGUCGCCCGGCCCGACCUGCUGCGCGGCGCCGACGCCAGCAGCGUCCACCGCCUCAACGUGUCGGCGACGGACGGCGGCGGCCUCCGGGCGCCCGUCGACGCGCAGGUGUCGCUCACCGUCGUGGCCUCCUCGGACCAGCGGCCCCCGCUAUUCGAGCGGCCGCGCUACACCUACAGCGUGCGCGAGAACGUCCCCCGGCACUCGGCCGUCGGCGCCGUCCGGGCCUCCAGCGGAGAGCCAGGCGGUGUCCGCUACUCGCUGUACCCUGGCGACCCGGACGGGUACUUCAGCAUCGACCCCGUGUCCGGCGGCAUCCGGACGGCCGCCAUCCUGGACCACGAGGCGCACCAGUCUGUGCUGCUGAACGUGCAGGCCACCAGCGGCGACCCGCCCGCCUACGGCCACACCCAGGUGAACAUCAACAUCGAGGACGUGAACGACAACGCGCCCGAGUUUGACUCGCGGACGGUGCGGAUCUCGCUGCCGGAGAACUCCCCCCUGGGCGAGCCCCUGUACGCGGCGCUGGCCCGGGACCGGGACUCGGGCAAGAACGGCGAGGUCAGCUACCGCCUGGGUCUCGGACCGGCCUCCGGGUCGUCGUCCAGGACCCCCGGGUCCGCGGCGGCCACCUCGAGCCGGCCCCAGUUCGUGGUCCACCCUCGGACGGGACACCUGACGCUGACGCGCCCGCUGGACUACGAGGCGGCCCAGCGACACACCCUGGUGCUGACCGCCACCGACAACGGCGACCCUCCGCUGUCCGCGAACCUCACAAUCCAGGUCGAGGUUCAGGACGUGAACGACAACCCGCCCGUGUUCGAGCGACCCAACUACGCCAUCAGUAUGCCGGAGAGCCAGCACGUCAACGCACAGUUGGUUCAAGUGACGGCUGUGGACUUGGACACGGGCAACAACGCCCGCAUCACGUACCGCCUGCUCCUGGACGACUCCGAGGACCCCGACGAUGUGCCUCUGGCCGUGGCGCCGUCCACCGGCUGGCUGACGCUGCGCUCCCCUCUGGACCGCGAGAGCCGCGAUCGCUACCAGGUCGCCGUCGUGGCCCGAGACUCGGGGACGCCACCCUUGUCGGCGACUACGACCGUCACCCUGACCGUGCUCGAUGACAACGACAACGACCCCGUGUUCGUGCGCGAGCGCUACGAGUUCGCCGUCGAGGAGAACGUGCCGCGCGGCGCGGUGCUCGGCGUCGUCAGGGCCGUGGACAAGGACCUGGGGCCCAACGCAGCCAUCCGCUACGCCCUGGUGGGCCUGAGCCCCGGCAACAACAGCUUCGUCGUGAACCCCGUGACAGGAGAGAUCUCGACGCGCACGCCUCUGGACCGCGAGGCCCGCGCCGAGUACGAGCUGGUGGCCGAGGCCAGGGACGGCGGCUCCCCCGCCAGGUCGGCGCGCGUGCCCGUCAAGGUGACCGUCCUGGACGUGAACGACAACGCCCCCGAGCUGGUCGAUCCCCAGGACGAUGUGCUGAGCGUCCGCGAAGAGCAGCCUCCCGGCACUGAGGUCGGGCACCUCCGCGCCGUGGACAGGGACCUGGGCGCCAACGCGUCCGUCACAUUCUCCAUCAUCAGAGACCGCGACUCGGAGGCCGCAGGGCUGUUCACCGUCGACCCCGUGUCGGGCGUGAUCCGGACCCGCGCCGUGCUCAACCACGAGGACCGCUCCAUCUACCGGCUCCAGGUUGCGGCGACGGACGCAGGUUCGCCGCCCCGACAAACCAUCAGGGUUCUACGGAUCGAGGUCCUGGACGUCAACGACAACAGGAGCACCUUCACGUCGUCUAGCCUCGUCUUCCAGGUAAGCCAGGACGCGGCUAUAGCAGCGUCCGCGGUGUGUCAAAAGUGUGUUUCAAACGACAACGCCCCUGAGUUUGUGUCUCCGAAGCCGAACCCUGGCUCGCCGACCACAGCAACCGUCUCGGUGCGCUACGCGGAGAAGACGGGUGCAGUACUGUGUCACAUCGUAGCGGUUGACCGAGACGCGGGCGAAAACGGCAGGGUGACGUACGUCAUUUCCGCCGGCAACGAGGACGGCAGGCUAGCCUUGGGCUACGACACAGGGCUGCUCAGCCUGGCCAGGCCCCUGUCGCGGCCACUCGGCCCCGGCGAGACGGCCAGUUUGGUCGUCAACGUGACGGCCUCGGACCACGGCAAGCCCCUCGCUCGGCACGCAGCCCUGCACCUCACAGUGGUGUUGCGGGGCGCGGCCGACGCGCCACCCCGCUUCCUCAGGCCCACCUACACGGCCACCGUGUCGGAGGACGUCCACCAGGGCAGCUUUGUGGCGCGGGUGGCUGCCAAGCCCGCCGGCACCGCAAGCAGCGACGCAUCGACCGGAGGCAACCUGACGUACCACAUCCCGGCCGGCGCGGCGGACGACCGCUUCACCGUGGACGCGGUGAGGGGCGUGGUGACGACGCGCGCGCCGCUGGACCGAGAGCUCCGUGCGUCGUACGUCGUCCCCGUCCUGGCUAUGGAUUCGGCGGCCCCCGACCUCCACGACGAGACCCUGUUGGAGGUGACGGUCACGGACGUCAACGACCACGCCCCUGCCUUCCCCUUCGGCAGCUGCUACCCCGUGCACGUCCCGGAGAACGCCGAGGAGGGCGUGGUGCACUCGCUCGCCGCCGAGGACCCGGACCUGGGCGCCAACGGCGAGGUCACCUACACCAUCACCGCGGGUAACGUGGGCAACAAGCUGCGACUGGAUCCGGACACUGGCGAGCUGACGGCGAAGCCCCUGGACCGCGAGAGCGUGGCGCACUACUGGCUGGUGGUGACGGCGCGCGACCGCGGCACCCCCGUCGCCCUCCAGGGCUCCUGCAACGUGUCCGUCGUCGUCCUGGACCAGAACGACAACGACCCCCAGUUUGCGCAGUCCCGCUACGCUGCCCAGGUCGCCGAGAACGUGCCCGUCGGCCACGCCGUGCUCACGGUGCGCGCCACGGACGCGGACGCCGACGAAAACGCAAGGAUCACCUACACCCUGGCAAACGAGACGCACUGGCUGUUUGCCAUCGACAAUGAGACGGGUGUCAUCUCCACGGCUGGGCCGCUUGACCGCGAGCGUCAGUCGGAGUACAGCUUCCUGGUGGUGGCGACGGACGGUGGUCGUUACUCGGCGCGUUCACAGAGCGUCCCGGUGCACGUCACCGUGACGGACGUCAACGACGAAGUUCCCGCCUUCACCAAGUUCCCUUUCACGGCGACCGUGCCCGCCUCCGCGCAGCCAGGCCAGAGCGUGCUCCGGGUGGCUGCCACGGACCAGGACCUGGGUGUCAACGCUGAGGUGCUGUUCAGCCUCGGCGAGUCCCAGGAUGCGGGCAACCGUUUCCGCCUCGACCCUAGCUCUGGCGUGCUGACGGUGGCCGCGGGCCUGGCCGCCGACGCGGGCCGACUGUUCCGCCUGCCGGUUCUGGUGCGGGACAAGGGUAAUCCCCCGCUCAGCUCCACUGGACUGGUGGAGGUCAAGGUGGCGGGUGGCAAUGGCGGCGUCGACGAGGAGGCUGCCACUCUCCGCUUCCAGAACGCUUCUUACUCCGUGCGCCUGGAGGAGCACGCCGUGGCUGGCACCGAGGUCACCCAGGUGCAGGCGGUGCGCUCGGACGGACGACUACAGAGGAUCUCCUACCGACUGCUCGGCGUCGUUGGCCCGGCCGGCGCGGAGGACGCGUUCGACAUCCACCCCUCCACCGGGGUGGUGCGGGUACGCGACCCCGCUCGCAUCGACUUUGAGCGCACGCCUUCAAUGCGGCUCGUGGUGCAGGCCGAGGGUCACGGCGCCGGCCCUGCCGGGCUCGUGGGCUUCUGCGAGCUCGACGUCAAGCUGGUGGACGUCAACGACCACGAGCCACGCUUCACGCAGCGCGUUUACUCUGCCGCGGUGCGGGAGGGUCGCUCCAAGGGCACGCCCGUGCUGCGCGUCACGGCCGUCGACGAGGAUCAGCCUCAGGGUGGUGACGGCAUCCUGUACCACAUCGUUGACGGCAACCACGACAACGCCUUCGUCAUUUCUCCCGCCACUUCCGGCAUCGUCAAGACCAACAUCGUGCUGGACAGGGAGAUUCGGGACUCGUAUCGGCUGACGGUGAUCGCGACGGACCAGGGCCAGGGGCAGGGCCGUCAGCUCACGGGGACGGCCACGAUCCGCAUCAGCGUGGUGGACGUCAACGACAACCGGCCCAGCUUCCCGCCGCACUCUGUGGUGUCGGUGAGUGAGGACCGCGCCUUGGGCACGCCCAUCACCGUCGUCACCGCAAACGACGUGGACACGCAUCCCGCCCUGACGUACAGCUUUGGCGGGUCGAUGUCGGCGUCGGCGUCCGAGGGUGACGUCCCGGAUGUGAUCGGCCAGACGGAUGGUCCGUUUGCCAUCGAUCGGUUCAGCGGCGUGGUGACGCUCACGCGUCGCCUGGACUAUGAGGCUCGACGCGAGCACCAGCUUCGCGUCGUGGCCUCGGACUCUGCUUACACGGCCGUCACGCAGCUCACCGUCAAGGUGGAGGACAACAACGACAACGCGCCCGUCUUCGCGCGCGCCGAGUACGAGGCGAGCUUGACCGGAGGUGGCGAAGCGGGCCACGCGCUGCUCACGGUGAGCGCGUCGGACGCGGACUCUGGCCGCAACGGCGAAGUACGCUACUCUCUGCGGCGCCGCGACUCCUCCGCUUCCGGCUUCUACGUGGACGAGCUGACGGGCACGCUGUACGCCAACCGCACCGAGGAGGGCGUCGAGGCGCCGGCGGGCGAGGUGGAGCUGGUCGUGGUGGCCACUGACAGGGGAGAGCCGCCGCUCUCGUCCACCACCUCGGUUCGCGUCCGCGUCGGUGACGCCAGCGGGGUCGCGCCCAAGUUCACGCAAGACGAGUACCGGGUGCAUAUCCGUGAGGACGCGCCGCUUGGAUCUACAGUCGUCAAGAUCGGCGUGUUCAGCGCCUUCGCUGUGGACUCGGGCCGCGACGUAGAGUACACCAUCGUGGACGGCAACCUGGCUGACACCUUCCGUGUGCUCAGCCCUAGUGGUGAUGUCGUUCUGGCCCGCCCGCUCGACCGCGAGUCCGUGGACCUUUACAGCCUGCGUCUUGCGGCGGGAGGACGGCCUUCUUCGGGAAACGUGUCAUCUGCCUCCUCCUCCUCCAUCCUUGUCCACGUGACGGUGGACGACGCCAACGACCACGCGCCGGCAUUCUCGUCGGCGGCGUACGAAGCGGCCGUGUCGGAAGGCGCGGCCGUGGGCUCGGCUGUGCUCACGGUGAGCGCUGUAGACGCGGACCAGGCCGGCGGGCCCAACGCGGACGUGACCUACGACAUCCUCUCUGGCAACGACGCGGACCUGUUCGCCAUGGACGCGACGACGGGCAUGUUGACCGUGAAGCAUGCGCUCGACUUCGACGCCGGACCGACGCGGUUCGCCCUCGUGGUGCGCGCCGCGGACGCCGCCCGCUUCCCGCCCGACGCGCCUCUCGCGUCACUGGCCACGGUCACGGUCACACUCCGCGAUGAGAACGACAACGCUCCACAGUUCCCCGUCAGCGAGUACCUGGAGCUCGUACCGGAGAACGAGCCUGCUGGCACAGCCGUGUUCACAGCCCGCGCCGUCGACCUGGACCGGGGCCCUUACGGUGCCCUCAACUACACCAUCGCUUCCUCGUCGGGUUACACCGACUCAGACGACUCCUGGAAGUUGUUCCGAGUGGACGCCGCGUCCGGCCUGGUCACCACCACCGCCGCCUUCGACUACGAGGCGCGCAACCGCUACGCUUUCACGCUGCGCGCCACAGACGCCGGCGGGCGCAUGGCGCGGGUCAGGGUGCGCGUCGAGGUGGAGAGCCGUGACGAGUUCCACCCUCAGUUCACGGAGCGCACCUACCGCCUUGCGCUGCCCGCCUCGCGUGGACCGCUGCCCGCAGGCCACGUCCUGGGCCGCGUGACGGCCACGGACCGCGACAAAGGUCUGGAUGGCCGCGUCGUGUACCAGCUCAAUGCGCAACACCCGCACCUCAAAGUGAACCGCACCACGGGCGCCAUCGUCGUCAAGAAGAAGCUGGACGUCGCCGAGCUGUACUCGGGGCAGGACGUGAGCCUGGUGGUGACUGCCAGCUCUGGCCGACCCGGAUCCCUCACCAACAUGACAGUAGUGGAGAUCAGCGUUGACCCCUCGCAUGGCCUCGGACACAUGGCCACGGAGCACAAUUUGGCCAGCAGCGCCUUGGACGCCCAGAGCGCGGGAGGGCUGGCGGACUGGGCGUUGGGCUUGCUGAUUGCUCUUAUCCUGGUGGUGCUCGCCUUCGGGGCCGUCUUUGUUUUCCUACACGUUCGCAACCGGCGCCACAAGAAGGUGAACAAGCCUGCGCUCGGUCCGGGUAUGGGACCCGGAUUAGGCUCCGGGCUCGGUUCCAUGGGUGGUGUCGCAGGCUGUGGUGCCUCGACGGUGGCCUCGGACACGUACGUGGACCCCAGCGCCUUCGACACGAUCCCCCUGCCUCGGCCACCAUGUCACACCUCUGCCAGCCUGACGGGGCCGUUCGCGCCACCCAAGUACGACGAGAUCCCACCGUACCGCUCCAGCAAGGCCGCCAAGGCUGCGGCCGCUGCCAAGGGCGGGUCCCCGUCGUCCCCCGGGGGACCGACGUCGGAGCUGUCAGGCUCUGAACAGUCAGGCUCCAGCGGCAGAGGCUCGGCCGAGGACGGCGAGGAAGAGGACGAGGAGAUCAGGAUGAUCAACGAGCAGCGCGUCGGGCAGCGCAUCCGGGAGGAGGACACCAUCUCGGACGUGUCCGUCCACAACACACAGCAGUACCUGGCCCGCCUGGGCAUUGUUGACACCAGCACGGUGGGCCAUUUGCCCUCGGCGCUGGCGUCCGCGCACGCCUCUGCGCACGCGUCGACGCACGCCAGCACGAGGACGUCGUGCUCCGAGCCGCUCGAGGCGCUGGACGAGACGGACGUGGCGCUGUCCGCGGGGGAGGCGGACAUCACUAACUUGAUAUACGCCAAGCUCAACGACGUGGGCAGUGAGAUGAGCGAGCGAGGCAGCGAGCGGGGCAGCAGCAGCGUCAAGAGCGUGGCGGUGGGGCCGCACGCGCACGUGGGCACGCACCAGCCCUCCAUGACGGGCUCGCUCAGCUCCAUCGUGCACAGCGAGGAGGAGCUGACGGGCAGCUACAACUGGGACUACCUGCUGGACUGGGGCCCCCAGUACCAGCCCCUGGCCCACGUCUUUUCCGAGAUCGCCCGGCUCAAGGACGACACGGACACGGCGUCGGUGCAGAGCGGGCCCGCGCACUCGAGCGCCUCGCACACGUCGCACGCCUCGCACGCGUCACACGCGUCACACGCGUCACACGCGUCACAUGCAUCGCACGCGUCGCACGCGUCGCACGCGCCCCACUCGAGCCCUGCUGGUCAGGCGCAGGGUGUGGCGCCGCGCGCGCCCCAGGGCGUCAAGAACAUGCAGCUGCCGCUGCCGCCCCUGCCGCCGCCGCUGCUGACGAGCGUGGCGCCCAGGACACUCCCGCCCAUCGCCCCCAUGCCGCCUAUGCCCCCCAUGGCCGCGGCCCGGGGCCCGCCCUCCAUGGCGCAGCUCCUCCUCAUGCCCAGGUCCCCCAUCAGCCACGACUCCGGCCUGGGCGUCGGCAUGGGUGGCGUGGGCGGCGUGGGCUUCAGCACCUCCAGUGCCAUGUCGCCGUCCUUCUCCCCCUCCCUGUCGCCCUUGGCCACAAGGUCGCCCUCUCUAAGUCCACUGUCGCCCCCCUCGCAUCAUGUAGUGUCGUUACCACGGACUGUGACUGAUACGGAACUUAGAAUUUAGUGAAAUAUUUGAAUGAGUGACGUCGUUUAAAAGAGAACUUUGUGUGCAUGUGGCAGUAUGAGUGUGUCUGUGUGUGUGUGUGUGUGUGCGCGCGAAUGUGAGAGAAUAUGACGCAGGCGGAAGUCUGCUACCUUACCGUUACCUGUGACGUCGCAGUGUGGUGUUUGCUCGUUGAGCAUGAGACCAGUAUUGAAAUGUUGCCAUCUAGUUGACUUUUUUAAAAAGAAAAUAAAUGUAAGUAGUCCUAUUUGAAAAUGACCAGGAAAGUGCUCUUAACUCAACUUCUCCAACGUUCAUAAAUAGAAACAAAGUUGUUAGCUGAUCGUGCAGCUUGAAUUAUUUUUUUUACAAUUUCUCAAUUUUUCUUGCUUUGUUUUGAUGUGGUUUAGUAUACAUUUACACAAUUCCAAGAAAACUUGUUGUUCUAACUUUGUUUUGAUUUUUAAUGCGCACAGGUUAAUUAAAAGUGUAAGAAGCAAGUAUAAUUUCCCUGGUUCAACACAAGCCAAAAAGAGUACAUAUUGUGAAUAGUAUUUAUUUAAAAUGCAAAGUGAUGAAGAGUAAGUGUAACUUAUAGAUAAAAUGUCUUAUUACUGUGAAAAUUGAUUCACUAUGUGGAAAGAUUGUAAAUAUAUACAUACAUAUAUAGAUAUAUAUAUGCUAUUGCGGUUACUUCCACCUUAUGGGUGAGAAAUUGCUUUGGUCUUCCACAAACACGAGUCAAUAUCGUUAGAUUCUUUUUGAUCUAUCAUCGAAGUAUCAGAUACUGUACUUCAAGCAAAAUCAAAUACAUAUUUUUCCCAGUGUCUUCAGAGUGAAGUGACAUUUAUCUAUUAGAUUGAAACUUUCUUGCCGAUCUUGUCUGUGGGGGACCAAAGCUAGCCCCGUAAGGCAUAAUUAGCUAUUUUCAAAUGAAGUGAUAUUUGUAUUGUGUAAGUUAGUACAAUGUACAUAUGUAUAGUGUUGAAAGCUUGUUGAUAUCAUUCCUUGUUUCUUAAUCUAAUUAAUCAAACGCUCAGAUAUUCCACAAUAAAUUUUUAUUACUUCAAAGGGCAACUCUAAAGACUGUGCGCAAUACCAGCCGUGUACUGAUUACCGCUUACUGGAAGGACUACAGUUUUAGGCUCAUGCCCCCUUUCUAUUUAUUUCAUGGUGUUUGUCUAAAACUGUUGUCUUCCAAAGAUACGUAUAUUUUGUGACAUAACUGCAUCUCAUUGUCCCGCAGUUACUUCAUUGGUUGAAAAAAUGUAUUUGGUCAUCUUUUGUUGAUUAACUAAUCAAUGUCAAUUGAGUGCCAUGGCUGAGAAAUAUGCCUUUACACAAGUAUACGAUUAUAGUAUGUGUUAUUACUUGCCAUGUAGAAAACAAUAUGUGAUUUUAAAUUAUUCCUUUUUCUUUAAUUUUAGUUGGGUUGACGUUAAAUCUUCCUACAUUUAUGUAGGAAAGUGCCAAGCAUAUGAAACUUAUGAAAAUCAAAACCUUGUAAAGAUUUGCUGUGAUGGAGGAGAAAUGAUCAUUGUCAUACUCAAUUCAAAUGCUGUCCAAUACAUGUACAAAACCACAGGAAAUUUAAGGAUUUACAUUUGAUACUGAGAACUUUCUCCCUCAGUUCUUACUAUUAGCGCCAUAUUUAGGAUGAUUAAUUUGGUAAUGUACAACCAAUUGUAAUAAUCUGUUUUUAAUAAAGCCCCUUGAGAUAUUUUGUUAAUUUCCCGGUUGUCUUAUCUGCAAGUAAGUGCCCUUCUAUGCACACAAUUUCCAUGAAUCAAUGCCUGCAUUUUAAUUCCUCUGAAAUUGCCUGUACAAAAACAUUCCUCUUCUGUUAUAAGUAAACCCUGUAUAUAAGAAAUAGUGAAAGCAAACCAUUGCUGAUGUUUUCGUAACUGACAAAGAAAGGAAAUCAAGAAAUAAAUAAAUAAGAGAA